CACUUCCAAACGUUAAAUGUUGUGUGUUUGUCUAUAUGAAUUUUGUCUAAUUUCAAUAAUACAUAAUUUUUAGUUUUUAAUUUUACUUUAGCAUUAAUACCAUUUCUUCAAACAAAUAAAAAUGGAAGAAUUUAAAAAAUAACAUUCUUAAACGAUUUCAUGAUACACUGUGAAGCCAAAAUGAUGAAAUCCGAACAACGCUUACAAAAAAUUUCAGCAUCUCUGUGUAUAUUAGAAACUAAGUUAAAUUCUGUUCCUGAACUUCAAGAACUCCAUCCACCUCAAAUUCAAACAAGUGAACCUUCUGGAAAUCAUUUAAAAGAUAAUUUACAUAAUACUGAAAUAACCAAUGAACAUAAUAAAACUGAGAUAACUGAUAAACCUAUUAGAACAGAAACAACAGAAAACCCUAGUAAAACUGAAGAAAAUAAUGUAUCAGAACCAACUGUUAUUAAUGAGAAUACUAAUGAGCCUACCGUGGAUCCAACAAUAUUAAAAUAUCGUAAAAUGAUUCAAUUUGGUGUGCCUAGAGGCGCUGUUGAAUUAAAAAUGGUCAAUGAAGGACUAGAUCCAAAACUAUUGUGAUAAAUUAAAUAUUUAUGUAUCAAUUAUUAUAUAUAAACUUAUAAUUUUUUGUGUAGGGGCUUAUAAAGAAAACAUUAUGAAAAUCAUUUUAUUUUUUUACAUAAACAUUAUAUUAUUACCACAUAAUGGAUAACUUAAUUGUAUUUACACCAUUUACAAUACUUUAUUAAAAAAAAAAACUAGAAUCCUGUAAGGUGUUGCAAUACCAUUUUUAUAUUAUCAAAGAUUUUUUUAUGUAAUAAUAAUUUUAAUAAUAUAUUUAUAUUUUUGUUCUAUGAAACCAUUACCCUUUCAC